AUGUCGUGGCUGAUGGGGCCGCAGGCUGCGCAGACAGGAGAGAAGGACGCCAAGCGAGGCAAGACCAAGGAAAGCGACGAUGUGGUGACCAAGAAGAUGAUCGUGCAGCCGGGGGCGCGCAUGCGCGUUCAGGGGCACUACGCGAUGACGCAGGUCCAUCUCUCGUCUGGCCGCCCGCUCGUGAACAGCUGCCAGGCCCAGUACCAGUCAUACCGAGCUCGCGAAGAAAGAAGGUCCACAACACACGCGAGGGCCGCCCGAAUUCCAGCUGUUUUCGAAGGCUCUGACAGAUGUCGUGAGUAG